GCUCGACAGUGGGCACCGAGUCAUCUGGCACGACAGCGGGCACCAAGUCACCAAGCUCGACAGCGGGCACCGAGUCAUUGGGCACGUCAGCGGGCACCGAGCCAUCUAGCAGAACCACAGGCACCGGGUCACCAAGCUCGACAGCGGGCACCGAGUCAUCUGGCACGACAGCGUGCACCGAGUCAUCUGGCACGACAGCGUGCACCGAGUCAUCUGGCACGACAGCGUGCACCGAGUCAUCUGGCACGACAGCGUGCACCGAGUCAUCUGGCACGACAGCGUGCACCGAGUCAUCUGGCUGGGCUGGAUCGGGUCAUCAGGCUGGAUCACGAACACCAGGUCAUCAGGCUGGAUCGGGUCAUCAGGCUGGAUCGGGCCAUCAGGCUGGAUCACGAACACCGGGUCAUCAGGCCGGAUCGGGUCAUCAGGCCGGAUCGGGUCAUCGGGCAUCAGGGCAUCAGGCUGGACAACGGAAGG